AUGUCAAUCUUUUGCGCAAGCGGCGCUUCAUAUGGAGUGGCUUCCGCGCAGAAGUUGAUUAUAGCUACUGCGAAGACAUGCUCGGAAGUACGAGUGCCGUCCGCCAUGUUCAUGCCGAGACAGACCUUCGGGCUUCGUGACGCAUGCCGAAACAGACGCAGGACAGUUAUCACCGCUGCAUCUAAAGUCCAGCCAUACCACGCUGCCCUGCACUUGCUUCUUGAUCUUGAGAAGUCUCGUUGUUCUGGUGAGCGCCAUUGA